GGCGGCCACGCACCCUGCCCGCCUUCGUGGUUGUUCUGUCGCUUCCCUGGGGUUCUCCUGGCUCCCGCUGGCCAGCCCCUUGGCCGGCGGGGUGCGUCAUUGAUCCCGGCGGACCGCUGGGCCCGCCCGGCGUUCGUUUAAGUACGUUGUGGGCAUUUCGGUGUCUAAGUUGUUUCACUCAAUUCGAUUCGACAAACGCGAUUCCGCCGCAAACGUGAUUCCGUUAACGUGAUUCCAUGAGUAAACGUGAUUCCAAAAAUGUCAAAACGUGAUACCGCCACCUUCCGUAAAUCGCUGGUGGGGGCUUUUGUGCCACACAAAGACCACAAGAUGAAGACCUCACUCUAGUACAUCACUCUCAUUGAAGAUUUUUUGAACAAUAAUGCAGAGGAUUAUGUACUGAUAUCCUGAGGAGCGAGGAGUUAUACUCUUACUCUCCUUCGCGAUGUAGUAGUUCCUAAUCCUAUGCAUUAUAUGAGAAUUUUUUUUGCAGCAUUGAUGUGGGAGUAGGAGCUCUAGGAGCAAUAUUGCGCGGAUGUAUUGCAACGAACAGUACUAGAGCUUGAUUGAUGUUGGUACCAGCACGCUGGAACUUUUCUGGACCCCCCUAUUGACAAACCGGCACUCGAGAUGAUUAAUUCGCGACCAUUGCUAUCAUGACUCUGCGAAGAUUGCGGGUAUAAAUUAGGCGCAUUUAGAAGUUAUUUACUUUUGCUUGUAAAAUUCCACUUGCAUGAUUUUGUGCCAUAGUAUGGUUGAAUCAUUGUGUUAAGUGCGACGGCGCACCGCUAUAAACGACGAUUUGCAACACAACAGAGUUCAAGUUCUACAUCUGCGUCUACUGCAGCACACCAAUUUGUCGAAACAACACCUGUAUGAUGAUUUGUAGAAGAAUGCAAGCAGUUUUGCGAAUUACAACACCCGCUUAGUUGUGAAUCAAUGAAAGCACUACAUUUAUUUUCUCGUUUUGGUUUAUUUAAAAAAAGAGGCAUGAGAAGUCGACGGAGCUACGAGGAGCAGAACCAGAGACUACUGCGAC